AUGGCGGAGGCGGGCGAGUCCGGCCCCGCGGGGGCCCGGGACGACGCCUGCCGGGAUUACCAGUCGUCCCUCGAAGACCUCACCUUCAACAGCAAGCCGCACAUCAACAUGCUCACCAUCCUGGCCGAGGAGAACCUGCCCUUCGCCAAGGAGAUCGUCUCGCUCAUCGAGGCCCAAACCGCCAAGGCUCCUUCUACUGAGAAGCUUCCUGUUAUGUACCUUAUGGAUUCCAUUGUGAAGAAUGUGGGAAGAGAAUAUCUUACUGCCUUUACUAAAAACCUAGUUGCGACAUUUAUUUGUGUGUUUGAAAAGGUGGAUGAAAACACUAGGAAAAGCUUAUUUAAAUUACGUUCUACGUGGGAUGAAAUAUUCCCUUUGAAGAAACUUUAUGCCCUGGAUGUCAGAGUCAACUCGUUAGAUCCUGCUUGGCCAAUUAAACCUCUGCCCCCCAAUGUGAAUACUUCUAGCAUCCACGUGAACCCGAAGUUUUUAAGUAAAUCGCCGGAUGAACCCCCAACGCCAAGCCCAAAGGUCAGUUCACCUGGCAUCUCCACACCUCCGAUUGUCCCCGAUAUUCAGAAGAAUUUGGCGAAAGAGCAACUGAUAAGGCAGCAGCUGCUGGCGAAACAGAAACAGUUGCUGGAACUUCAACAGAAAAAACUCGAGCUGGAGCUCGAGCAGACUAAAGCCCAACUGGCCGUUUCCCUUAGCGUUCAGCAAGGAACGUCCACCAUGGGUCCAGUGCCAGCACCCUCCAAAGUACACGUACCACCGAAGUCUUCCCAACAGGCUUCCGCGCCGCCGGAAAAAAAGCGUCCCUCUCCGUCGUCCCAGCUCCAGGAUGUCAAGCUGACCAACCGGGACCCUCGUCUCAAUAGGAUGAGCCAGCACUGUUCUCACGCUAAAGAUCCGAGCCACAGGAAAGAGUUCCUGGCGAACGCCAUGAACCAGUCCGAGAGCAAAGCGGGCAAGGCCGUCCCGACGGAAAAACAGAACUCCUCGAAGCCAGAGAAAAUGAAAUCGGGCGAAAAAAUCCCCAAGAAAGAAGCCGACCCGUUUGACGCCAAGUCCCCGUCUCCCCUGAAAAACAAAGGGUCCCACGCGAAAGAGGUCAAGAACCAGGAACCCGACGGUCCGCGCGCCUCGGAAAUAAGUAAGAGAGACCCGAGAUUGAAGAAGCACCUGCAGGAUAAGCCCGACGGCAAGGACGACGAGCCGAAGGAGAAGAGAAAAAACCUCGAGAAGAAGGACAAAGAGGAGCACGCCAAGUCCUCCGAACACAGGCCGGCCGGCGGGAGAAGCAAAGUGAUAAACGGCGUCGUGCAGAAGCAGGACGCCAGCCCGGAAGAGGCCGAGAAGGUGGCGGCCAAAGCGGGCCGGUCGAGCGCCAGGAAGCGGUCUCGGUCGCGCUCCCCAAAGUCGCGCUCCCCCGUCACCCACUCCCCAAAGCGGAGAGAGAGGCGAUCGCCCAAGCGCCGACAGAGGAGCCUCUCCCCCACGUCCACCCCGAAACCGGGGAAGCCCCGCCCGUGCGGCGCCAAGCAGGCCCACGCGGAAGAGUUCGGCCAAGCGGCCAGGGAAGAAAGGAACCAGAACAAGAGGGGCGGGAAGCAAGAGGCACGGGAUCCCCGCAGGGUGAAGAAGGGCCAGGAGGAGAGGCCGCAGGAUGCCGCCGGUCAGCACUCUUCCAAGUCGGGCUCCGAACCAAAGGAGAACGUGGAAAACUGGCCCGGUUCCAAGUCCGCCAAAAGAUGGAAAUCCGGCUGGGAAGAGAACAAAAACUUGCCACAGGGAGAAGACCACCAGGGACUGGGCAAAUCACCUCACCUGAGGCACAGGGAGAGCUGGGCCGCCGCCAAGGGGAUCCUGUCGCCGCGAGCCCCGAAGCAACAGCAUCGACUGAGUGUUGAUGCCAAUCUUCAGAUUCCCAAAGAGCUAACGUUGGCCAGCAAGAGGGAAUUACUGAAGAAGGCCAACGAGCGCCUGACCUCCGGUGAGAUUUCCCAGGAUGAGUUCCUCGUGGUGGCUCACCAGAUCCGCCAGCUCUUCCAGUACCAGGAAGGAAAGCACCGGUGCAACGUGUGGGAUAGCCCUACCGAAGAAAGUCAGGGCGGACUGAAGAAGAAGCCUCUCCUGUCCGACGCCGAGCUCACCUACUACGAGCACAAAGCCAAGUUGAAACGGACCCAGGUUCAACAUUCCUUCCCGAGGCUGGAUCUCUUGGACCCCGACAUCUUCGACUACCACCUGACUGACGCCCUGCUGUCCGGCAUAGAGUGCGAGCAGGCGAAAAGCAAACACUCAGGUCGGGGCGGGAGCGGGCAGUUCGACAGAAAAGAGCCGUUCGGCGAGAGAUCCAGGCGGCACUCUCCCAUUCCCGGGAGCCGGGCUUUCGGGGAGAGCCUUUCGCCCCUUGAAAGUCGGAGGAGGCACGAAGAACAAGUCUCUUCUAAAGGUGCUCGCGAGGAGCAGAGAUCGCCCUUCAACGAUCGCUUCGCCCUGAAGAGGCCUAGGUACGAGGAUUCCGAGCAAACAUUUGCGGAGAGCCCCGCGUCGAGAUUCGCCGGCCUCGACACGAAUCAGAGACUGACGGCCCUGGCCGAAGACAGGCCGCUGUUCGACGGGCCUCCUAGGCAACCCGUAGCCAGGGGGGAGGGUCCCGCCAAGAUCCUCUUCGAAGGACCCAACAAGUUGAACUCCAGACUGGACGGCCCGCCGACGCCGGGGUCCCUGCGGUUUGAGGGGCCCUCCGGCCAGUUGGGAGCCGGAGGCCCGAUGAGAUUUGAGGGACCGCAGGGCCAGCUUGGCGGCCACUUGCGAUUCGAGGGCCCCCAGGGCCAGGGAGGAGCCCCUUUGCGGUUCGAGGGCCCGCUGGGGCAGGGGGGAGGAGGCGGGGGCUUGCGGUUCGAGGGGCCCGUGGGGCAGGCGGUCGGCGGCCUCCGGUUCGAAGGCCCCCGGGGUCAGCUGGUGAGCAGCCUCCGAUUCGAGGGACCCCACGGGCAGCCCGUCGGCGGGCUCCGGUUCGAGGGCGCCCGGGGCCAGCCCGUGGGCGGGCUCCGGUUCGAGGGGCCCCACGGCCAGCCCGGCGGCGGGCUCCGGUUCGAAGGACCCCACGGCCAGCCCGGGGCCGGGAUUCGGUUCGAGGGCCCGCUGCUCCAGCAAGGGGGCGGCAUGAGAUUCGAGGGGCCCCACGGCCAGUCCGGGGCCGGGAUGAGGUUCGACGGGCCGCACGGGCAGCUCGGCGGCGGCCUGCGGCUCGAGGGGCCCAUCGGGCAGCCCGCCGGGGGGAUCCGGUUCGAGGGGCCCCUGGUCCAGCCGGGCGCCGGGAUCCGGUUCGAGGGGCCCUCGGUUCAAGGCGGCGGCCUGAGGUUCGAGGGGCCCCUGGGACAGAGCGGGCCCCGGUUCGAUGGCUGCCACGCGGCCCGAUUCGACGGCCAGCCGGGCCAGCCGUCCCUCCUGCCGAGACUGGACGGGAUGCACGGCCAGCCCGGGCCCAGGUUCGAGAGGGCGCCGGGGCAGCCGGUCCAGCCCAGGUUCGACCCGCAAGUCCCGCAGCGAUUCGAAGGGCCGCGCCAGCCCGCCUCCCGGUUCGACCUGGCCCUCGGACUUCAGGGCGGGCGCUUCGACGGCCAUCACCCCGGGCAGAGACUGGAGGCGGCGGCGGCGGCGUUCGGCCAGGCGGGCCCGUUCGGCGAGCCUCCCGGCGGCGCCUUCUCCCCGGCCCAGGGCCUGCCCUUCCAGAGACACGAGCAGCUGUUCGACGGGCCGCGGGGGCCGAGCUUCAACGGCCCGCCCGGCCCCGGCGUGCAGAACUUCCCCCUGAACAGGGCCUCCGGACACUUUUUCGAGGAGAAGACCCUGCCGGGCCCUCAGUUCGGCAACUUCGGCGGUCUGGCCGGCCCUCUGGGAGUGGGGAGCCUCCAGCCGGCUCAGCAGGUCCUGACUCAGCCCGUAGGUUUUGGGCAACAGUUCUUACCUGUCCACGCGCAAAAUCCUGGUGCAUUUGUUCAGAAUCCAGCAGGGGCCCUGCCACGUGCAUACCCUGAAAACCAUCUUGGCCAGGUGGAUGUAAAUGAAUUAUUUUCCAAACUGCUCAAGACGGGAAUCCUCAAGUUGGCCCAGCCUGAUUCUGCUUCGACCCAAGUCAAUGAAGUUUCUACUCAACCGGCCCUGGAGGAUGAAGACGACGAUCCAAAUGAAGAUCAGGAUGUUCCAGACCUCACCAAUUUCACAGUCGAAGAGCUGAAACAACGUUACGAUAGUGUUAUAAAUCGACUGUACACGGGGAUUCAGUGUUAUUCCUGUGGAAUGAGGUUUACCACGUCCCAGACGGAUGUGUACGCGGAUCACUUGGACUGGCAUUACAGACAAAAUAGAACCGAAAAGGAUGUCAGCAGGAAAGUUACCCACAGACGAUGGUACUACAGUUUAACGGACUGGAUAGAAUUCGAGGAAAUCGCCGAUUUGGAAGAACGGGCAAAGAGUCAGUUCUUUGAAAAAGUGCAUGAGGAGGUUGUGCUGAAAACCCAGGAAGCUGCUAAAGAGAAGGAAUUUCAGAGUGUUCCUGCUGGACCUGCUGGCGCAGAUGAGAGCUGUGAAAUCUGCCAGGAACAAUUUGAGCAGUACUGGGACGAGGAGGAGGAGGAGUGGCACCUAAAAAAUGCCAUUCGGGUCGAUGGAAAGAUUUAUCAUCCGUCGUGUUAUGAAGACUAUCAGAAUACCUCUUCGUUCGACUGUACGCCAUCCCCCAGCAAGACCCCCGUUGAAAACCCCUUGAACAUGAUGUUGAGCAUCGUCAAAAGCGAAGCACAGGAAUCCUGUGAUAGCCCCCAAGUGAAAGAAGAACCCGGUGACACCCCACCAGCGUGCGCAGAAGAGGGCCCAGCCACAUCUACAGAAAUAAAAACAGAAUCGGGGCCGGUGGAAUCCAUUUAAAUAAAAUGAGUAAGAUACUCUUUUCUUUUUUUUUAAGGGCAAAAAGGAAAGAACUGCUGUAGUGUGGUUGGUUCUAGGAGGCAAAGACUUUUUAUAUGUGUGUACAUAACUAUAUAAAUAUAUAAAUUCUUCAGCUGAGGCAGGGACCUCAGGUAAAAUUUGGUGAAUAAAUACAUUUUAGUAUUUGCAUUUCCUACUACCUGCACAGUUUCAGGUGCUCGUUGUGUGAAAGUUCUGUAGAUGCGUGCAAAUUUAACAAAAACGGAAUUGUAUAUGUCACAUUAAGUACAAUUUUCACUUGUGGAACUGUAAAUUAUAAAUAAAAAUAUUUUUGCUAUCUAUGGAGUGUAAUGUUUAUGCACACCAUCGAAUAAAGACAGUGUUUCUGUACCUUUUUAUUGAGUAAAAAUGGAAUUAAACAAGAGACCUCAGUUGAGACAUUUUUUUCUAGUGGCCUCCUGUGAUAUAAAUGACCAAUCACCCUUCUGGUGGAUGGAAACAAGUCGAGGGCUGCAGGACUCUUUACCAGAUAGGAAAGUCUACAUUAAAAAAAAAACAAAACAAAACCCAAAAAACAUUUAUUAAAACGAAACAAAAAACCACAAAAAACAUAACAUGACAAACACACACAGACCUGCUUGAUAUUUAGAAAAUAAUUUUUAACCCCAAAUUUAAUUUUGGAAGAAUUAAGCAACUAUUUUUUUCUUGACUCUGGGUGAUUUUUGAUCUCGAACAUUGGUGCCAUCAGACAUUUGCGUAACAAGCAUACUUAGCUGAUUUUAAUGGCCUUUUACAGUCUAUCAAACUUUCACGUGUAGAUUCAGCGGGAACCAAUUUCAAGUUAGAGGGGGAAAAGCGAUAAGAAUGUUCAUUUCGCAACAAACAUGGUUAAUCUUUUUUUUUUUCUUUUGUUGGUUUUGACUGGAUUAGAUGGUAAAUCGCAUACCAUGAGAUGUUACUAUUCAUACGUGUAAUAAAUAGAUCG